AACAUAUCGGUGUCGGAGGAUAAGGAAAAUGUCGAAAGAGGAGCAACAACACUAAAGGUGCUCGUUUAGCAAUUGAGAGACCGGAGAUGUGAGAGGGGGAGUCGAGAUUAUGUAAUUUGUAUUAAUUUUUAAGAGUAAAAAGGUAAAAAAGCUUCUAAUUUAUUUUCUUACUUAAUCAAGGAGCAUUGAUUUUCUUAAAGGCAAUCUAGAGCAAUUUUAGAGGUUAGCCAAAUAGUAUCGGCCAUUGAGCACAAGCAAGCGAACCCCUAGGCUUAAAUUUCAGUACUAACGUGUGAGUUGGGCGAAGCACGGACGUAGUUGGUACUUGAGGACUGAGGGUGGAGGCCGCCCUGCCAUCGGGCGCAGUCGACUACGAUGGAUCGUCGCAGAUCUACUAUGUGUCAUCGGGGGAACUUCUUUUGUUUGCGUUUCAUCUGCUCUUCUCUUUUACUGUUCUUUGCAGUCAGGUCACAUGGUUCCCCUUUUGGAACUCGUAAAACUGCUAAGUCAUCGGUGUUUUCUCUAUUUAACCUCAAAGAGAAGAGUAGGUUUUGGAGUGAGGCUGUUAUACGUGAUGAAUUUGAGGAUUUGGAAUCUUCUAACCCCAGCAUGGUUGGUGUUCUCAAUUACACUCAGGCAGGUAAUAUUGCCAAUUAUCUAAAGCUCUCCGAAGUUGAUUCCAUCCACCUUCCGGUUCCUGUUAAUUUCAUUUUUAUAGGAUUUGAAGGAAAAGGGAAUCAGGAUUUUAAGCUGCAUGCUGAAGAACUUGAGCGCUGGUUCACAAAAAUCGAUCACAUAUUUGAACAUACACGUGUUCCACAUGUUGGUGGAAUUUCCACUCCAUUUGACAAGAUUAGCAUGGAAGAUGUACAGCAGCAUCUUCAUCUUCCCAUUGUCAGUCACAUAAAUUACAAUUUCUCUGUUCAUGCCAUACAAAUGGGUGAAAAAAUCACUUCUGUAUUUGAGCAUGCCAUAAGUGUCUUGGCUCGCAAGGAUGAUGUAACUGGUAACAGGGUCGAUGGAGAUACCAUUUGGCAAGUGGAUGUGGACAUGAUGGAUGUUCUUUUCACCAGCCUAGUUGAAUAUUUGCAACUUGAAAAUGCAUAUAACCUCUUUAUUUUGAAUCCCAAGCGUGAUGUUAAAAGAGCCAAGUAUGGGUACCGGAGAGGUUUAUCUGAGUCAGAAAUAGACUUUCUUAAGGAGAAUAAGAGCUUGCAAACAAGAAUUCUACAGUCCGGAAACAUUCCAGAUAGUUUUCUUGCUCUUGAUAAGAUCAAGAGGCCUUUGUAUGAAAAGCAUCCAAUGGCAAAGUUUUCUUGGACAAUAACUGAAGACACUGAUACGGUACAAUGGUUCAAUAUUUGCCUAGAUGCUUUGAGUAAUGUUGAGAAGUGGUAUCAAGGAAAGGAUAUUGCUGAUAUCAUUACGAGCAAAGUCAUUCAGUUGUUGAAAGAGAAAGGAGAAGAUAUGAAGCUGUUUCUAGAAAAGGAAUUAAAGUCUGGGGACUUCAGUGGUCUUCAUGCAGAAUGUCUGACAGAUACUUGGAUUGGAAAUGACAGGUGGGCAUUUAUUGAUUUAAGCGCUGGCCCUUUCUCAUGGGGCCCUGUUGUUGGUGGAGAAGGGGUGCGUACGGAACUGAGUUUGCCAAAUGUUGAGAAAACCAUUGGUGCAGUUGCAGAAAUUUCAGAAGAAGAAGCUGAAGAUCGCUUGCAAGAUGCCAUUCAAGAAAAAUUUUCUUUUUUUGGUGAUAAAGAUCAUCAAGCUAUUGAUAUUCUUCUGGCGGAAAUUGACAUAUAUGAGCUUUUUGCUUUCAAACAUUGCAAGGGGAGGAGAGUUAAGCUUGCUCUUUGCGAGGAGCUUGAUGAGAGAAUGUGGGAUCUAAAAAAUGAGCUCCACUCUUUUGAUGGCGAUGAAUAUGAUGAAAGUCAUAAGAGAAAGGCCACAGAAGCACUAAAACGAAUGGAGAACUGGAAUUUGUUCAGUGACACAUAUGAGGAGUUCCAAAACUAUACAGUUGCUCGUGAUACUUUCCUUGCACACUUAGGUGGAACCUUGUGGGGUUCUAUGACCCACAUUGUGGCACCUUCCGUUGCUGAUGGUGCAUUUCACUAUUACGCGAAGAUAUCUUUUCAGUUGUUUUUCAUUACACAGGAGAAAGUUGGACAUAUUAAACAAUUGCCGGUUGAUCUAAAGGCUCUCAUGGAUGGGCUUUCCACUUUGUUGCUGCCUUCUCAGAAAAUUAUGUUUAGUCCGCACAUGUUACCACUUUCGGAGGAUCCAGCUCUGGCAAUGGCCUUCUCAGUUGCACGGAGAGCAGCAGCUGUCCCACUUUUGCUUGUUAAUGGGACAUAUAGGAAAACUGUUCGUUCUUAUAUUGAUUCUUCUAUUCUUCAGCAUCAGCUGCAGAGGCUGGAUGAUCAUGGUUCUCUCAAAGGAAUGCAUGCCCAUAGUAGAUCUACACUUGAAGUUCCAAUCUUCUGGUUUAUUCACGGUGAUCCAUUAUUAGUGGACAAGCAUUAUCAAGCGAAGGCACUCUCUGACAUGGUUGUUGUUGUCCAGUCAGAACCAUCAUCCUGGGAAAGCCAUCUGCAGUGUAAUGGGCAAUCUCUUCUGUGGGACCUGAGGAGGCCCAUGAAAGCUGCAUUGGCUGCUGCCUCUGAACAUCUAGCUGGUUUGCUUCCUCCUCAUCUUGUUUACAGUCAGGCCCAUGAGACUGCAAUUGAGGACUGGAUUUGGUCAGUGGGAUGCAACCCUUUAUCCAUAACUUCUCAAGGAUGGCAUAUCUCUCAGUUUCAGUCUGAUACUAUUGCUCGGAGUUACAUCAUGACUACCCUUGAGGAGUCAAUAAAGAUUGUCAAUUCAGCUAUUCGUCUUCUAGUCAUGGAGCAGACAACUGGACAGACUUUUAAGCUAUUCCAAUCUCGGGAGCGCGAGAUAAUCAGCAAGUAUAACUAUGUUGUUGGCUUGUGGAGGAGAAUUUCAACUGUUACUGGUGAAUUGCGUUAUGCGGAUGCUAUAAGGUUGCUAUAUACCCUAGAAGAUGCAUCCAGAGGGUUUGUUGAUUAUGUGAAUGCAACUAUAGCCCUUCUCCACCCUAUUCACUGCACCAGAGAGAGAAAGGUUCAUGUGGAGGUUGACAUGACUACCAUCCCCGCUUUCUUGAUUGUCUUGGGUGUACUUUGGAUUGUAUUGAGGCCAAGACGACCCAAGCCUAAGAUUAAUUGAGAACUACACUGGGCAUUGGUCAUACUUGUGAGCUGGCACUGUGUUGGCAAUGGAAGGUUCUCUUCAGAAUAGGAUUUCAAAAAAAUAAUAAAAUUGGAGAAUCAAGUAGGGGCAGCUAAGUUGUCUUUAGCUGAUCUUGAGAGAGAUGGUGAAAAGAAAUAGCAAUUGAGCUUAGUGAUACAGUAGUUUGAAGGUCUUUUAUAUACUAUCAUCUCCACCCAAAAAUGUGAAUUUCAAAUCUUGGUCCUUGUCAUGGAGCUUGGGAAAACACUGAGGUGUUGUUCUGGCUAACAAGCAAAUUAUCAAUACAAGCAGCAAAUGAGGCUGCAGCAAAUGAUCAUGCAGAGCAUGUUGGGGCUACUGAUCUCAGCAGAGUAAACAAUGAACUACUCAAAUACAAGCAGCAAAACUGGGGAUAUAUGCUCCUCUGUAUGAAGAAAAAAAAAAUAUAAAGGUAAUUUUCUGAGAUUUCUGUGCUCAAAACUAGAGGGAUCUUCUCGAAACCAGGAUGAGUUUGCUGCAAGAAAGAAGAACAAUUCGUAAUGUUCCUUUGCAAUAACUAACAAAAAAUUAAUCAAUCACAGCAUGGGACGAAGUUUUUCUUAUCUAAUAUUUUAAUCAGAUUCCUUGUCAAAA